AUGAGGUUUCUUGCCGUCGUCAUCUCCUCCCUCUGCGCACUCUCCGUUGCCGCCUCAUGGAUACCCGGCCAGGUUGCCAUCAGCGAGGACUACAAGGUGCCAGGAGACAAUCCUCUGCACUUCUGCGGAGAUCCCAAGGAUGAUAUCUUGACCAUCGAGAGGGUGGACCUGUCACCUAACCCGCCCCAACCGGGAAAGACCCUCAGUAUCAAGGCAAGCGGCGACUUCAAGGAGAAGGUGGAGGAAGGCGCCAAAGUCCACGUCCAAGUCAAGUACGGCCUCAUCACCCUCAUCAACCAGGAAUCCGACCUCUGCGAUGCCAUCUCCAACGUAGACCUGAACUGCCCGCUCGACAAGGGAGAGAUGAGCUUGACCAAGGAUGUCAACCUCCCCCAGCAGAUCCCACCUGGAAAGUACACUGUACUGGCCGACGUAUACACCAAGGAUGGCGACAAGAUCACCUGCCUAACGGCCACCGUCCAAUUCACCCGGUAA